CUGAGAGGAAAAGCCUUUUAUUUUGUCAAUGGCAAGGUGUUCUGUGAAGAAGAUUUCCUGUAUUCUGGUUUCCAGCAGUCAGCUGACAGGUGUUUCAUUUGUGGCCAUUUGAUAAUGGACAUGAUCCUGCAGGCUUUAGGGAAAUCGUAUCAUCCAGGCUGCUUCCGAUGCGUGGUGUGCAACGAGUGUCUGGAUGGUGUGCCAUUCACUGUAGACUCUGAAAACAAAAUCUACUGCGUCAGAGAUUACCACAAAGUCUUAGCUCCAAAGUGUGCAGCGUGUGGACUUCCCAUUCUGCCCUCCGAGGGGUCGGAUGAGACCAUUCGGGUUGUGUCCAUGGACAAGGAUUACCACGUGGAGUGCUAUCACUGUGAGGACUGUGGGAUGGAGCUGAACGACGAGGACGGGCAUCGCUGUUACCCCCUAGAUGAACAUUUGCUUUGUCACUCCUGUCAUCUGAAGCACAUAGAGAAUGGCACCAUGCCAGCAGCUGUGUACCAGCACCACUACUAGCCAGCGUGGCCGACUUGGGAAAGCCCGGACAGAAGACUUGUUACGUGAUCUCCCUCUCCCCACCCUCAGUUGAUUUCCUGUGCAUGUUUUUCGCCAGUCGGCAAUGUUCCUGUAAAAGGAUAUGAGAGAUUUUUGCUGGAUUCCCAGGGUCUGUAUGCUUGUGAGUUCCAGCUGUAUCAAACCAUGUCUACUUGACCAAGAAUGUGGCAUGUUAUCUAAACUGAUGGGUUUACUUUUACAUGCCUUCUUCUGCUCACUGGAGAUUCCUCUUGGCUCAUUUUGGAAGAUUCUUCAGUGAAAGCACAACUUGCUGUCGUGCCUAUGAACUCAGAUCAUGCCAUGCACAAUUAAAAAGCCAGAGGCUGGCUUGCCUGUGGGAGACAUCCUGUCAGUCUACCAAGUGUUUUCUGACAAGCACAUUUCAUCAGAUUCCCUGAAGAACAUCAAUGGAUUAAUUUUAGAC